AUGCAAAUGAUUUAGAAGUAUAAUAUUAAAAAGGUUACUUUUGUUCUGACUUUGUCCAUGCGUAAUUCUAUUUUCUUCUUCAGCAGCCCUCUCCCUGUUCUGACUUCAUCUCACAUUCACGGCCCUAAACAUGGAGCAAAGGACUCUUGACAUCAACGUGAUCUCUGCAAAAGAUCUCAAAGAUGUCAAUAUCUUCUCCAAGAUGGAUGUCUACGCUGUUGUUUCAAUCUCAGGCGAUUCACAACUCCCUAAACAAAAGACCAGGACACAUGUAGACCGUGAAGGUGGUACCAAUCCCACCUGGAAUUUCCCUGCCAAAUUCACAAUCUAUGAGACACCAGCUCAGCAGAGCCGCUUAAACCUCGUCUUCAAGCUCCGGUGUGAUCGUGCCUUAGGAGAUAAAGAUAUAGGUGAAGUCAACGUCCCUGUCAAGGAGCUCUUGGAUUCCAUGGGAGAUGGGAAAUCCAUGCAGUUUGUUAUUUAUCAGGUCAGAAAGCCAUCGGGGAAACCUAAAGGUGAGUUGAGUUUUUCUUAUAAGUUUGGUGACAAAUUCGACUCAGGACCUGAGAAGGUCGGGGGCAAAGCUGACCAACCCGUCACUGCAUAUCCUGCUCCUCCUCCUCCGAUGGUUGGUCCUAGUUCAGCACCUUAUGGUGGACUUGGGCCUUAUCCAACUGCUCCUCCACCACCACAACCGGUGGCAGGUUAUGCUUAUCCACCUCCUCAUCCAGGGUACGGCUAUCCACCACCACCGCCUGGUUAUGGAUACCCACCACCACCUCCUCAGGUAAGCUAUGGAUACCCACCAGCUCCUCAGGUAGGCUAUGGAUUCCCACGGGCUCAGGCAGGAUAUGGGUACCCAGCAGUGCAACAACCGCCAAAGAAGAACAAGUUUGGGCUGGGAUUGGGAGCUGGCUUACUCGGAGGAGUUCUUGGUGGGCUUUUAAUCGGAGAUAUGGUGUCAGAUCCUGCAGCUUACGAUGCAGGGUUUGAUGUUGGAUUUUGAAUUUUCUUUUUCUUGAAUGUUUUUGUUCGAAUAGUUAUCUUUAUGGAAGGAAGUGGUUGCUGUACAAUAAUUAAUCAAUUAGUAAUUAGCUUCCAUGUCUGCUAUAGUCAAGGUUGCAACUGAAGAAGAAAACAAAGAAACAUCAGCAUUAAUCAA